AUGGAGGUUGGCGGAGCAUACGGGUUAUACCCACUAUUCCUGCAUGGAGAGUCUGAAUUCCAACGUCACUACCUAAGAAUUUCCCCCAGCUCAGUGACUAAAACGGUUUUGAAUGAGCUGGCCCUUGUGAAACUUAAUCUGGCGAACGCCGUGGAAUCUGGCGUUUUGCGUUACGAAACGGGCGCGCCAAACAACAUUCAGCGUGGGUUAUUGACGAACGAAGAGGAGCUUGAAAAGUUCAGAUCGUGUUUUCAGCAAGCACAUACUGCUGUAAUCAGAGUGGACCGUAGCGGCAAUCGCACGGCAUUGCAGAAAUCAGAGAAAAGCUCAGAUUCGGGUGCAGCGAGCCCUUCAAACAACACGGUGUCUAUCCGUCCGGAUCAGUUAGAAUCUCUUAUUAGCUCGAUCCAGAAGCUGGAGCUAUCUCUUUCCAAAAAACAAGAGGGUGUCUCCUCUUCGGAGACCCAUGUGGACGCUCACUGCGACACUUUGCAUGAGGAAGUGGUGUGUGACGGUUGCUUCCCUGGGUCUCGACAGGAAUCUCAGUCCAGUCGUCAUCUUUGCAAUGAGUCUGGCUUCAUCAAAGGUCCGAGAUACAAGUGCUUGUACUGCUACAACUACGAUCUCUGCUCUGAAUGCGUAGCCCGUGGGGUCGAGACUGGAACCCACAAGAAAUACCACAACAUGAUCAAAAUCAACACCCCUGACCCAGAUUUGAACAAACUUUGCUCGGACUUCAGAACUCGGACCCACACCAAGCCUGUCCCGCAGCCAGAAUUUAAGAGAUUGAACCAGUUCGCGGUUGCAAGCACUGACACAGAUGUAAUCAUUGACAUCCCAGAGCGUGACGCGAAGGUGUUCGAGUAUUUUACGAAAGUCGAGACGGAACAGGAAUUAGCCGAGUUGGUGUAUGACCACGAGGAUUACCACGAGCUCUUGCACAAAGUGGGUGGCGACAAGACCAAGCUAACUGAGGCCGUUGAGAGGUUUUUGGCACCCAACUUCAACGACCUCACGCCCAGCUCACUGGCGGCGUCUGUGGAAACCGCACGCGAGGACGACAACCUGAUAUUGGUCGAGGUGAGCAAACGCGAACAUGUGAUUUCGUUUCGGCUGUGGAACAAGUGCUCGGACUCGGUGCCCAGCGGACUGAAGCUGGUGUUCCGGUGUUUCGAGCCUCCCAGCACCGUGCCCAUCAAGUGCACCCUGCACAUGGGUCCGCACGAGUUCCAAAAGGGCCACUACAAGACGCUGAACUUCAACUGUCGCGGUUUGAUCGACAACCUCUUGAUGCAGAACACCUACCAGGUCGAUCUGGUCGACGACGAGGAUCAAGUAGUGUACACCGGUUGCUCGCAGGGCGAGCCCACCAUCUGCUUGAGACCGCUUGUCCUCAUGGGGGUUCAAGAGUCGGUUUACUCCGAGGCUCGCGGACACACCAGUCUUGCUGGUUCUGCGCAUGAAGAUAGCGACGACCACGACGUUAUCAGCAACACUGUCAGCAACGACGAGGGCUCCAGACACUCCGAUUUGGAGGACUACGAUUUUCUCAGCGACAGCGACAUCGAUGUUUAA